CGUCGAUGCUAGGGGGCGGGGUUGUGACGACAGAGGAAGUCAAAGGCAGCAGUGGGAUUAGUCAGAAAGGCAGUAUUGAAGUCGAAAUAACGCUGGACAAUAAGUGUCACCAUGGCAACAGAGGGGGAUCCCCCCCCCAACUUGGUGAAAGUGUUCCACCUGCUGGUACUCUCCUUCUCCUGGGGCAUGCAGGUCUGGGUCUCCUUCAUUGCAGGUUUUGCUUUGGUGCGGCAGGUGACUCGGCACACCUUCGGAUGGGUGCAGAGUAAACUCUUCCCGGUUUAUUUCUGCUGUCUGUUGGGAAGCCAUUUUGUCAGUUUGGCCGUUUAUGCCGCGUAUCACCUGAGAGAGCUGCCGGACACGCACGAAACGGCGCGGAUGGCUCUGUAUUUUGUGGCGUUGAUGAUGGCGGGUCUAAACGCUCAGCGGUUUGGUCCGGCAGCGACUGAGAUUAUGUUCCUGAUGAGGGAGGUGGAGAAGGAGCAUGGUCUCGGUAACCGGGUUGGACUGGGCGCCGAAAAGGAAGGUUAUGCCAAGCUCCAAGAGCAAGACCCCAAGUAUAGAGCCUACAAGAGAAAGUUUGGCCGCUACCACGGGUUGUCCAACCUCUGCAACCUGAUAGGAGUCAUCUGCACCACAACUAAUUUGAUCUACACUGCUCUCAAUCUAUCUACAAUUUAGACAUGCCGAGGUGUCAAGCUUUCAUUGGGUGGUUGGAUUUGUCCUUUUUGUGACCAGUCUUUUCUUUUGCCCCUUUGUCAAUGAACACUUUUAAUUAUGUUUGUUUGUAAUCGUGCAAUCUGACAAGAGCUUAACAUGUUUUAUCAUCGCUGCAAUGACUGUUAAUGUGCCCGACCCGGGCAGUACGGUGCAAGAGGUCGAUGUGGUUAUCACAUCUGUUCCACGUUCUGAGGGUCCGGGUUUGAAUCUCGGCUCGUUCCUUCCUCUGUGGAGUUUGCAUCAUCUCCUUGUGCUUGCAUGUUUUUUCUCCGGGUAUAUACCAAAAAGAAGAAUAUUAUAAGUUCAUCUGGGACUCUUAAGUUGUCUAUAGGCGUGAGUGUAAAACGUUCUUUGGGAUUGGCUGCUGACCACAGUCCAAGGGUGUUCUCGGCCUCCCGCACAAAGUCAGCUUGAUAUUGAAAAGCGUUCUAGGAAACGGAUGGAUGGAUGGAUGGAUGUCCUCGAGCCAUGCCUGGGCCACGUCUCCAGAAGGGGGCGAGGGCUGAACACGUUUAACAAUUACUAUACCAAAGCAGCUGUGAUGAUUGACCUUGUUUGAAAACGGCUGCGCUUCCACUUUAAGUGACGUUGGGAGAGAUCAUGUCGAAUAUCAGGAACCAUACUUUGAAACAACAUUCAACUUAAGCACACAGUUUGAUAGUUUGUAUUUGAUUUCGCCAGCUAGAAGGCCAUUUACAUUGACAAGGAAUUGUUCAAAUGCUGUGAUCUUAAGUGAUUCAUGAGCUUUGUACGGUUUUUGCUUCUAACAAAUAAAACUGCACUGUGUGUUUUGUUUAAGUAAA